AAUAGUGGAAAGCAAGUCCAGUCUGGUCUGUAGGUACGUCGUUGGCGUGGCCCCACCCUGCACCUCAAAUUCCUCUUCAAAUACUCCAUCUUGUCCCAGUAUCGCUACACACCCUUUGCAGGACAUCAACCAACAAGAAGAAAAAGAAGAAAUCCAGGAUUUUUUUUUUCUUUCUAUCUCACAUUUACAACCUAGAAUGGGAUCAGUGGGCGUUCAGAUGGUGUGUGUGGCCCUGGGGGUCCUGGGCCUGAUCGGGGCCAUUGUGUGCUGCGCAGUCCCCCGCUGGAAGGUUUCCUCCUUCACGGGCUCCAACAUCGUCACAGCCCAGAGCCACCAGGAGGGCCUGUGGAAGUCGUGCGCCGUGCAGAGUACGGGCCAGCAGCAGUGCAAGAACUACGACUCUCUGCUGGUCCUGGCCUCGGACCUCCAGGCGGCCCGCGCCAUGACCAUCAUCAGCUGCAUGCUGGCCGCCCUCAGCCUCCUGAUCCUGUUUUGCGGGGCUGAUUUCACCACUUGCGUUGAGAACGAGGAGGCCAAGCCUAAGAUCAGCCUGGUGGCCGGGGUGGGCUUACUCCUGGCCGGCCUGAUUCUAAUCAUACCUGUCAGCUGGUCGGCCCACACGGUGGUCCGGGACUUCAACAACCCCCUGGUGCCCGCCUCGCAGAAGCGCGAGUUGGGAGCGUGCAUCUUCGUAGGCUGGGGGGCCGGGGUUCUGCUUCUCCUGGGCGGGGGGCUCCUGUGCUGCUUCAGUAGGCCCAAGUCGGGGGGGUCUGGGGGGACGGCCAAGUACUACAGCAACAGCGCGUCUGCACCCAGCAAGAACUACGUGUGAGCCGGGAUGGAUAACCGAGAUUCGACCAGAGGUCUGUUAGCCACAUUAGCUUAGCUCAUUAGCAUCUCUGUAAAUAGUAAACACUGACAUGCUCUUUCUACGAGGGUAACAUUUUUCUUCUUAUGGUGCAGGGUGCAAAUGUACAUUUAGCUUCAGGCGGCUUCCGUUUUGUGGCAAUUAAAUGAACUGCAAAACACUGCUAGGAUGUUAGCAUUUGAUCACUUCUCAUUGGAAAUAGUAUCAGACUACAGGCUAAGAUCCUUGGCGAUCUUAGCGCUUUCUGCUCUCAUGUUGCUAUCUUGCCAUUUUAGUUACCCCAGCAACUGUUAGCAUGUUUGCAUUUCCACAAUUAUUAUUGCGUUUUGUUACAAACUAAUUAAACAAUAAAGUAAACUGCUAGCAUGUUAACAUUUGAUCUUUUUUUAAAAUUAGAAAUAGUACAAGACUGCAGGGCAAGAUACUGUACUUAGGCCCAAUACACACAGAGAUAAUUGAGCUGUUUUUUCCCCCGAUUUUGCUCCUUCCCGACCAAAGACGACAAACACCAGACUAUUUGAUAUCUUGAAGGAUUAUCCUAUAAAACUAUCGUGUUUUCUGAAGUGUGUUAAGAGUGGGGUUUCAUCUUCAAGUGGGGGGGUCUGAAACAGAUGAACAAUCUUUUUAGAUUUGAAAAAUCCCAGUGAUCCGUUUUAGCACUUUCUGAACUCGGGUUUGCUAUCUUGCCAUAUUAGUUAGCAAUAGCAUAGCAAAUGCUCGCAUGUUUGCAUUUUACAAAUUUUUAUUCUGUUUUGUUGUAAGCUAAUUAACCAAAUUGAAUUAAAUAAACUGCUAGCAUGUUAGCAUUUAAUCACUUCCCAUUAGAAAUUGUACCAGACUACAGCGCAAGAUCCUUAUAGAUCAACCUUAGUGCUUUCUGUACUUACGUCGCUAUCUUGCCAUUUUAAUUAGCAAAGCAACUGUUAGCAUUUUAGCAUUUUAGUCAUUCAGAUUAGUACCAGAGGACAGGGUCACAUGCAAGAUUUGUAGCACUUUUUGCAAUCAGGUCAUCUUAUCUGUAUCAAGUGUUAGCAUUUUAUCAAUUCUUAUUUGAGAUAGUACCAGACUACAGAGAUACAUACAGAAUCCUCAUUGGCUAGCGAUUUCUGUACUAGGGUUACUAUCUUGCCAUAUGUCAACGUAGUAACUACAAACAAGCUAGCAUUUGAUUAAUUCGCAUAAGAAUUUUGACCCAAAUACAGGGCAAGACGUUAAUUUCUUAUCUAACUAGUUAGCAUACCAACUAUUAACAUGUUUGCAUUUUAGCCAUUCCAAGUAGUAAAAUAGUACCCAACUACAAGGCAAGAUGUAAAAUCCUUUGCGAUCGGCCUUAGCGCUCUGUACUUCGGUUGCUAUCUGGCAAUAUGUUUGUGUACCAACUGCGAACAUGUUGGCAUUUGAUCAGUUCUCAUGUGACUUUUGAGCUAACUACAGAGCAAGAUGUAAAAUCCUUAUCAAGCCAGUUAGUAUACCAAGCAUUAGCAUGUUAGCAUUUCAGCCAUUCAAAAUAGUGUACUAAAAGUAAGUAAAGAGCAAGACUAACGUAAAAUAGGGAACUGCAUUAGCGCUUUCUGUACUAAGGUUGCUAUCUUGCUAUAUAGUGGUGGACCAUAUGUCAGCAUGUUAGCAUUUGAGCCAUUCCAAAUAGUCCCAAACUUCACUGUAAAAUCGGUAUCGAUUAGCCUUAGCGCUUUCUCGUCUCAGGUUGCUACUUUGCUAUUUGUUAGCAUACCAACUGCUAGCAUGUUAGCAUUUGAUUUAUUCUCAUUUAAAAUACAGUGGACCCACGCUAUUCCCGGGGUACAGGAACCGGGCCGGACCGCGAAUAGCAAAACUCCACAAAUAAUUGACAAACAUUAAAAUUGCAUUUUAAACCCCCCAAAAUCUUGAAUAAAUGGAGAUAAACCACCAAGAAGUGAUUUUGUGAUUCGUUCCCCCCAAAACAAGAAAACAAUUUUUUUGUUUUUUAAAGAUGAAAAAUUUGAACCAAAUUUGAAAAAAAUAUUUGAAAAAAUAUCGACGAAUAGGAGAAUCCACAGGUGCCGAACCGCGUCUAUGCGGCGGCCCACUCUAGUACCUGACUAAAAGAGUUUAUGUAAAAUGUAAUGUGCCUUAGUGGUUUCUUUACUUGUGUUGUUAUGUUAGCAUUUGCUCAAUUCUCAUUCAAAACAACGUGCAACUGAAUGGCAAGAUGUCAAAUCCACUUCAGCGCUUUCUGUACUUUGUUGCCAUAAAGUUAUAACUUUGCUUGUUAGCAUUUGAUCCAUUUUUAUUCAAAUAUUACUUGACUACAAGGCAAGAUUUUGUAAAAUGACCAGUGCAAAUGAUGACAUUUUUUUUAACCAAUUGUUAUUGUUUUUAUGUAUUUAGAUUUUUUUUAAAUAAAAAAAAAAAUAAACAAAAAAAUGCUUGGAAAAUAUUGAUUUUAUUUCAAAGUAAUAUAGCAUAUAUUUCAAAAAAAUAUAUAUAAUUGAAGCGACAAAUUGAGCCUGGAAUGGGUUUUCUCUUUGUUUCUUGUUUGUAUCUCUUGACUUAAUUUUGUUUCACAUUAUUUCUCAUUUGUUCUGUAAAAAGUCCUGGUGGUUUAAUGUUUGCUCUCAAGCGAG